AUGGCAGCAGAGUCUGAGCAGCUCAAGAAGAAGUUGAUCACACGGCUGGUGGCGAAGGGUGGAGCGACUGUGGAAGAUUACUACUGGGAGGACGGACUUGCACAGGACAUGGCCCGAAGUCCGAUGUUCCAUCACCUGACGCUUUUUAUGAUCGUCAUCUACGCGGUGUGGAUUGCCAUAGAUGCGGAUGGUAACAAAGCGUCGGUAUUGCUGGAAGCGGAGAUCCAGUACCAGAUUCCAGAGCAUAUCUUCUGUACUUACUUCUUCAUUGAGUGGAUAAUACGCUUCCUGGCAUUCAAGACAAAGCGCUGGGCGCUGAAAGAUCGAUGGUUUGUGUUCGACACCAUCCUGGUGUCGCUGAACGUUGCCGAGACAUGGAUUCUGACCAUCGUUUUGGCGUGA